AUGUCCAAGCCUAGAUACUUGUCCGAUACUGAGAGAGCUAAGAUUCUUGAGUUUCAAGAUAUGAUUCAUUAUAGUCCUAGAUACAGUGACGAUACCCACGAAUACAGACAUGUAAUGCUCCCCAAAAAUAUGCUUAAGGCAAUCCCACAAGAUUAUUUCAAUCCAGAAACUGGAACUUUAAGAAUUUUACUCGAAGAAGAAUGGCGUGGGCUUGGGAUUACUCAAUCGCUUGGCUGGGCUCACUACGAAACCCAUGCUCCAGAACCUCAUAUCUUGCUUUUCAAAAGACCUAUAAAUUAUCAACAAGCUCAUUAA